UUAACACCAUCCUUUAAUUAUUUGGAUUAAAGAUUAGAGCAUAUAUAAAUAAAUGCUUCUAACCCUUAAGCUAAAAGCACUACUGUUUGUGUAAAGUAAAAAAGCCUCCUAAACGACAAUUCAGAUUCCAGACUAAAUGGGAGAGACAGAGAAAAAUGACGAUAAAAUUGAAAAGAAGAAGGACAAGCAUGAGAAGAAGGAGAAACGCGAGGACGGCGAUAAAAAGGAAGAGGGAGGAGAUAAAGAGAAAUCUAAAGACAAGAAGAAGAAGAAAGAUAAGGAAAAUAAAGAUAAGGAGGAUAAAGAAGAUGAUGGAAAAGAUAAGAAGAAAACUAAGAAUCCUGAAGAUAAGAAAGACCCUGCCAAAUUGAAGGCUAAGCUUGAAAAGCUUGACACCAAGAUGAAAGAACUAGCUUUGAAGAGAGAAGAAAUUGUCAAACUCAUUCAAGAAGUUGAAAAAAAUCCUCCAAAACCUGCUGAAUGAGCUGCUUCGCCAACUUCUGUAAUUUUCUUGAAGUUUCCUGCAGAGAUGGAAAAUUAGGAACUUAUUAGUUUAUAUGAUUAAUGAUACAAAAAUUAAUUAAUAACACUGCACCUGCUGUAUAUAGCUGCAGCAAGAGUGAUUAACUGUAAAUAAAAAGAGAGUAAUCCAUCUCAUAAUUUAAUUAACUUCUGUUAGAAACUUGAAUAAUGGAGAACAAAUGGAAUUCCAAUUUCUGAUAA